AUGGAUAGCGUCAAACCGGAGGGGCCUUCCGGGCCUGUGCACUUGGACACAGUAAGAGCUCUUCACCAAACUGUGGUGUCACUCAGGACUGCACUUGAACUAUCUAAAAAUGAACUUAAGCAGUUAAAAGAGAAAUAUGAACAGCACUCUCAUUGUUUAGAAUAUGCUGAUGUUAUAGAAAAACUGACUUUAGAGAAUCACAUACUGAGACGUAAAAUAAUAGAUUCAGGAUUUGAAGACCCCAAUGCACAGAACAUAAGGUUGGAAGUUACUUAUAGCCCUCGAUCUCAACAUCCUGAAGACUACACAAGCAGUGAAAUUGUGAUUGCAACAGCAACUGAUGGCAACAUCACAGCAGAUGAGCCAGAGCCUAUUGCAAGAGAGUCUGAUGAGAACAGCAAUGUUUCUUCUGAUGUAAAGUUGGUUGUAAUAUCUGAAGAAGUUUCUGGCUCACCUGAAUUGAAUAUUUCUGGGGAAAUAACUGCACCUGAUAUCACAAACAACAAUACUGAUGUAGGGGAACUCUCUCAGAUCCCAAGUUUACCAAGAGAAACCGAAUUAAGUGAAGAACAACAUCAACCAAGCUUUAAAACUAAACUCGAACUCUUGUCAAAAUUUGAUGUUAGAAUAAAAGUGCGUACCUUAAAAGAAGGAUCUGUAAUUUCAAGUACAACAUCAGAAAGUGACUCAAGUGAAUUCAAGAAAGACUUUGACAAGGAUUCAGAAGAUAAAAGAGAGAAGACAGAAAAAAAAGACUCAAAUUUUGAAGUAAAAUCAGACCCAUUUGAUAAUAAUAAAACCAUACAUAUAAAAUCCUAUUCUACAGAUAACAUUAGGAUGGCAGUGCCAAAUGAGGCUGAUGUGAAAAGUAAAACGGACAAGUUUGAUGUUCAAGUGAAGAUUACCUCCGAAGAGAAUUUAGUUGUAAAGGAGAAUGUGGAGAGAAGCCGGAGAAAAGACACACUGAAUUUAGAUGUUGAUGAUUUGAGUCUAAGGUCGAUGUCCGAAGGCGACAACUCGGUGUUCUCGGAAGGCGGUACCACACCGAAAGAUCCUAAUGCAGCAACUGUAACUGAUGACAAGAACGAAGACAAUGCGAGCGGCAACGAGUCAGAGGAAGUCGAUGAUAUCGAACUCAUAUUUACCACCGAUGAAUCCAAAGAUAUGAGUAAUUUGCAGGAAGAUCUGGUAUCAAUACGCGAAACAGACCAGUGGGGUCCACCUUCAUCUUCAACAACCCAUUCCACACCGGUGCUCAUCAAGUUUCACACCUUAGAUCCGGACUUUCAACCAGGAACUGAAACCAAAGACACCACUACCGAUCAUCCAGAAAAACAUGUCCCAGUUCCAGAAACUUUGAAAGUUAAAAGAGUUUCACUACCGAACGACAAAGAGAUUAAGCAUGUAGCUUUUAAUGCGAAAGGUAACUUAGAAAUACCAAACCGAAGCAUUCUCAAGAGCUGUGACAAUAAGUCUGAUAAUAUGUUGUACAGAAGAAGUCCCAAUACGAGCUCCAGGAGGCUGGACAGUGUUGACAGUUUAACUUGUGAGUACAAUCAAGGGAUGAGUUUCGAUAAUACGAAGUCCUCUAGCUUCGAGCUCGGGUCCAGCAUGGACAUCCUUCACAGAGAUGAGAGCGUGGACAGCUUUCAUAGGAAUAUAUAUUUGGGGCACAGAUAUUCUGUAUUCGCGGAGACUGAUAUCUCGAAAUGUGGUACUUCUGAAGACGACCUGGCCAUGAAUUUGAAUGUGAGGAGGAAUACUUGUCCUAAUCCAUUCCAGUACAGACCAAGUGCAUACCGUGGUGUAACCCGAACUCCGGGGCCGUUUAAGGCCGUUGGUACACGAUUGCGGCCAGUUUUGCGUGACUCCACGCAUGCCAGGCGCGAGAGCGGCGCCCAGACCGAUGUAUGUGCCCUACCUAACAGGUGGAGUUCUGAUGGGUACCUGGCUCAUAAGUUGCCGCCUCCGCCUACGAGUGUGGUCCCAACCGUGCCAAGGCGCGGCUCGGCCCAGCGCGGCCGCCUCAACGUGCCAGCCCCUGCUCCCACGCAACAGGACGCGCGGCGAGUCUUGUUGAGUGAUAUCGGAUUCACAUCAAUGGUGCCGGAGCUAUCGCGUUCGGCCGAUCCGGUGUGGGCACUCGGCAAACUGCAACCCCAUCCGGAAGAGUCCAUAACGACGUCUACAUCCAAAUUUCUAUCACGUGGCUUGUCGUAUCGCUCCCCUUGCCUGAGUAUGGACCGAAGCAAUGACUGGACACAACAUGCGUAUGCGCAAAAAGCGUCAUCUAUGCACCGACCAUGGCGAUCUUCACUACCGGAUGUCCGGUAUGAUGAUACAGAAGAGCUGCUGCAUGAGGCUGAGACCUUUGUACGGCGGUCCAUUGAUAAUCUACACUCUCCUAAUCUUGACGUGGACAGAUCACAAGGCGGAUCCCAGGUGAUGGGCCAGCCGUACAUCCCGGCCGAGCCGCGACAGUUACGUCUCGGUCAUACCGUUAAGGUCAUCACACCCCAAGGACGUAUCGCUGUAGGCCGAGUCAGAUACGUAGGGCUAGCGGGCGGCAGCGCGGCCAACAGCAGCGUAGUCGUAGGCGCGGAGUUCGCGCACGCGGCGCAGCCCGGCCUGCCGCGCAACGACGGCACGCACCGCGGCCGCCGCUAUUUCCUCGCGCCGCCGCAACACACCGCGCUCUUCGUGCCCUUCUCCAAGGUCGUCAUGGCCUGGGCCAAUUAA